UCGGGCAACUUUCGUUCUCGUAUUUGUGCUGGAUGGAGGAAGUGGACGUGGCGUCGGACGUCCGUCGGGUGCACUACGUGUUUGCUGUGAAGGACAAGGUCGGUGAAUACGAUGAAGGUGUGGUUGACGCGGAGGGCGAACUUCCGAAGCCUUGGUGUCGCUACCGCCUCGCAAUUGUAAGUAGCUACGAGCUGCGCAACCUGCUACAGGGUCGUCACGCCGCCAAAAGCGGCAAGGCAACCGAAGAACUGGAAAAACUACGCUUCCACAGCCGCUCGCGGAUCGGGAGCUACAGCACGAUCUCGACCGAGGCGCAGCAAGUUGUAAUGCACCUGCAGAGGCUGGCUGCAGAACCGCUAUCAUCGUCGGCUUUGCCCUCGUACUCCAGCGAUUGCCCAAGCGACACGGAAACACUUGAUGGGGGAAAUGACAGUGAGGACAAGCAAGCUCCUGACGAAAGCAGACUGAUUGCAGCCCAAGCAGCGCUAUACAAGUGUCUAACGAAGCGCGAACGCCUGCAGGACUCGUACACUCCCAGCACCAAGCUGUCCCCGUCGCGGAUUGGUGUCAACCUAAGCCGCCGCGACCGUGAAGAAAUGGGCGUGGUCUUUGAAGGUGUGGUGUACCGCUACAACGCCGCUGAAUUCCUAAGGCAAGAAGUCCUGUUGCUGACGAAGGACGCGCUGCUAUUCUACCGAUCGUACGCUUCCAGCGCUGAGAAGAAGGUGCCAUGCUCGCACAUCAUCGGAGCUCGAGCUGUGGAAAUACCGUCAAGUGCCGCGUAUCGCGAUGGUUCUGGCGGUACUGACGGGGCUUUUGCGCUGCAGAUCAGCACGUUCGCUGAAGAAAUCCUGCUGUGUGUGGGCACGGCUUCUACUCGAGAUGCGUGGGUGAGGGGCGUGCUCCAGUACUGCAAUCCCAAGGCCAACUUUGACUGCGCGCUGCAAGGCGAAAUGUACAUCGGAUUCACGGCCUCCACUGCUCUCCGACCCGCAAACCGCGUCGAGCUCAACUCGCGGUUGCUGUUCCCGCAGUUGAAACAGCAAGAGCUGCCGAGCAGUGCCGUCACCAACCGAGUGGACGCUGAAACCAUUGCUGCUGAUACCAUUCCUGGCGCUAUGAAACUGGUGAAACGUACACUGAGGCGUGCGCUCCACAUCCUCAACAACGCGCAGCACCUUUCAGUGACCGACGUGCUGGCGUUCUUGGACGAUGCAAGCGCGCUACGAGCAGUGGACCUGCAGCUACUGCAGGACUCGGGUUCGCACGAAGAGCAGGUGGCGUUCUACCUGAAUCUGUACCACACAGUGCUCGCGCACGCUAUGAUCGCUCAAGGAUUUCCGCGCGGCAAAGGACAGUGGAGUCAUUUCCUCACGCGAACCUGCUACGCGCUGAGUCGAGGCCCAGAAGGCGAGCAGGUGAGUCUCUCGCUAGCUGAAAUCGAGCACGUGAUUCUGCGAGCGCGCUUACCUCGCGCCGAGCUGCCGCAUCUGAGCUUGGCCAGCAUUAUCAAGGCGGCCAACGACCCAGCGAGUCGACUGCGUAACCUCGGGCUGCAGCACCCAGACUUUCGCCUCAGUCUAGCUCUGGUGUUGAACCACAUGUGCAGCGAGGAGAUCGUGAUCUACGAACCGGAACACGUGCACGAUCAGCUGAAUGCAGUUCUGCGCUCGCUACUGAAGCGUAGUAGUGCUCAAGGCUACCUGGAGAUGAAGGAAGACUCGAACACUAUCGUGCUGCCACGCGUAUGCGAGUGGUAUCGCCAUGAUUUUGGCGGAGCGGCUCGAAUGCGAGACGGCCAGCGCGACGAAGACGCUUCAGCGGUUUAUUGUGUGCGCAAGCUGCUGGGCUUCAUGGAUGGAAGACUGCAGCUUCAAGUGAUCAAUGCGCUGGGCCUCGACGACGCCCCUCUCCGCACCAAGUACCGUUCGUUCAAGUACACGCCCAAGACUACCCUGGUGGAAGACAAGAGUUUACGACCGUCCGUAUCUGAAGAUAGCAGCGCCGACGCUGAGUCGACAUCACAUAGUUUCCAAAAAGAAGAAGAAGAAGAAGAAAGUGGCGGGACAACUCAGCUGUAGCAGACGCGACGCUCAACAUCGCUCGCGCUGUCGUAUGUAUAUUUAUCAUUCUUAGAGUUCGUUAGCAAGCCGCUGUGUGGCGAGUCAAGCAAGUGCAUUCAUGAACGUCCACUUCAGCCUGGUUUCCGCUUCAACAUAACUUGACACUUUGCUAGUCGCAUCUCCCAAGUCCGUCAGCAAGGCUUCAAUUUCACACGCUUAAUUGGUUCUUUUGGUUUGGCUCGCUUUGCUUUCUCCCAUUCAUCGCUUCCUCAGCUCUACUACUUGCUACGAGGUGGGAUGA